UCAUUCCUCGUGACCGAAGGUAACCUCUGCGCUGUGCGUCCUGGCUGCGCUAUAAAGCCGCUAGUGAGCGGAACAGAUGCUCUUUGCCAAUGAGACACACUCACGUUAACAACACACACCGAGCAGGAGUGACUGAAACCGAGUUUAAACCGAGUUUACACGGAAACACAGCGAAAGCCAGAGACCAAACCAUCAGGUGUGUCUGGGAAAAAGUUGAGAGCUGCAGAGAGCAGCGUGAGGAGGACCUGAGUGAAGAUGUCUGUCUCCACUCAGCUGGGCCUGCUGCUGUGGAAGAACUUCACUUAUAGGAGACGACAAACGUUCCAGCUGCUAAUUGAGAUCGUGUGGCCCCUCUUUAUCUUCUUCAUCCUGAUUGCUGUGAGAUUGAGCUACCCCCCAUAUGAACAACAUGAGUGUCACUUUCCCAACAAAGCCAUGCCCUCAGCAGGCACUCUGCCAUGGAUCCAGGGCAUUGUGUGUAACGCCAAUAACCCAUGUUUCCGUCACCCUACCCCAGGAGAAUCCCCUGGAGUAGUCGGCAACUUCAAUGAUUCCAUAAUAUCACGACUUUUUUCGGAUGCCAAGAAAAUCCUCCUGUACAGUCAAAAUGACAAGAGUCUGGAUGGGUUCAAAGAGUUAAUCAAUGCAGUGAAAGCCAUGCAGAACAGUUCAGGUUUCAAGCUUAAAGAGUUCCUAAAUGACAACGAAACCCUGUCUGCAUUCCUCAUGCAAAAUGCUUCCCUCUCAGAUAAUGUUGUACAGGAUAUUCUGAUGGCAGAAGUGAACCUGGAAAAGGUGCUAACACGAGGCUAUGGGGUACAUCUGAGGACCAUGUGCAACACUUCCACCUUGGAGCAAUUUGUGAGAUUCCCAAACAGUGAAGUAGCAAACCUCACCCACAACUUCAUCUGCAGUUCAUCUCCACACUGGCUGAACCAAGCUGAGAAACACUUCCUGGCCAACCUGGACUUCUUCAGACCUCUAAGAUCAGACGUAAGAUCUGAGAGAAACGACACCCGGCAUGUCGCCAAAGCCACAGACAACCUCUUGGAAAGCCUGAGUUCUGUAGCUGUGGAGUUGGCCAGCAUGCGGAGCUGGAGUGAUCUCCGCAAUGAGAUCCUCUUCCUGACCCAGAAUGCCACUGGUUCACCCAGUCAGAUGUACCAGGCUGUGUCAAGAAUAGUGUGUGGACAUCCUGAAGGUGGUGGCCUCAAAAUCAAGUCUCUUAACUGGUAUGAGGACAGCAACUUCAAAGCAAUGUUUGGCAACUACAACAGCAGUGAUGAGGAACCUGUUUCAGUCUACGACAACACAACCACUCCCUACUGUAACAAUCUAAUGAAGAACAUUGAGACUAGCCCCAUCUCACGGAUGAUCUGGAGAGCACUGAAGCCUCUGCUCAUGGGGAAGAUCCUGUACACACCUCACACCCUUGCCACACAAAAGAUCAUCCAAGAGGUCAACAGGACAUUUCAGGAGCUGGGAAUUCUCAGAGAUCUGGGCGGGAUGUGGGAAGAGACCAGGCCCAAGGUGUGGAACUUCAUGGAGAACAGUGAAGAGGUGGACCUAGUGCGGAUGUUACUACAGAACAACAUCACAGCCUAUUUCUUCAGUGCCCAGCUGAGUGGUACUCAGUGGAGUGUGCAGGAUCUUAGCAGUUUCCUGACCAAGCAUUCUGAGGACACUCGUCCACCUGGGACAGCUUUCACAUGGAGAAAUGUCUUCAAUGAAACCGAUCAAGCUAUUAUGAGCAUAUCCCGCUUCAUGGAGUGUGUGAAUCUGGAUAAAUUAGAGCCUGUGAGCACUGAAGAGAAGUUAGUGAAUGAGUCUCUCGGUCUGCUGGACAACAGGAAGUUCUGGGCUGGAAUUGUGUUCCCCGAUAUUGACCUAAACAGCUCUGAGCUUCCUCCCCAUGUCAACUACAAAAUCCGCAUGGACAUUGACAACGUGGAGCGCACCAACAAGAUCAAGGAUGCGUACUGGGACCCUGGCCCCAGAGCUGACCCAUUUGAGGACUUGCGGUACGUUUGGGGCGGUUUCUCUUACCUCCAGGAUGUUAUAGAGCAGAGCAUCAUCAGAGUAGUAACAGGAACCAAAGAGAAGACUGGAGUCUACAUCCAGCAGAUGCCUUACCCAUGCUAUGUCGACGACAUUUUCUUGCGUGUGAUGAGUCGUUCCAUGCCCCUCUUCAUGACCCUAGCCUGGAUGUACUCUGUGGCUAUUAUAAUAAAGAGUGUUGUCUACGAGAAGGAGGCCCGCCUCAAGGAGACGAUGAGGAUUAUGGGUUUGGACAACGGUAUCUUGUGGUUCAGCUGGUUCAUCAGCAGUCUUAUCCCACUUCUCAUGAGUGCUGGACUCCUAGUAUUUGCACUCAAGAUGGGGAACCUGCUUCCUUACAGUGACCCUGGUGUGGUCUUCCUCUUUUUGGGCUCCUUCGCUGUGGUCACCAUCAUGCAGUGUUUCCUCAUCAGCACAGCAUUUGCUAGGGCAAACCUGGCUGCAGCAUGCGGAGGAAUCAUCUACUUCACACUCUAUCUGCCCUAUGUGCUGUGUGUGGCCUGGGAGGAUUACGUGGGUCUUCCUGCGAAAGUUAUCGCUAGUAUACUCUCUCCAGUGGCCUUUGGGUAUGGCUGUGAGUACUUUGCCCUGUUUGAAGAGCAGGGAGUGGGGAUCCAGUGGAGCAACCUCAUCUCUAGCCCAAUGGAAGGGGAUGACUACAGUCUCACUACUGCCAUUAUCCUGAUGUACUUUGACGCCUUCCUCUAUGGUGUCAUGACCUGGUACAUUGAGGCUGUGUUUCCUGGUCAGUAUGGCAUUCCCAGACCAUGGUACUUCCCAUUCACCAAGUCUUACUGGUUUGGAGAAGGAGAGCAAAAUCAGGCACCCACAAUACUGGGAAAGAAGGCAAAUGCAGGAGCUGUGUGCAUUGAGGAAGAGCCCACUCAUCUUGAACUGGGGGUGUAUAUUAAGAACUUGGUGAAGGUCUAUAGGCAUGGCAAAAAGCUUGCUGUAGACGGCCUGACACUGGGAUUCUAUGAGGGUCAGAUUACAUCCUUUCUGGGGCACAAUGGAGCAGGAAAAACCACCACCAUGUCCAUCCUGACUGGUUUGUUUCCACCAACAUCUGGCACAGCAUACAUCAUGGGCAAAGAUAUCCGUUCAGAGCUCAGUGCUAUCCGGCAGAGCCUUGGCGUUUGCCCUCAGCACAACGUCCUCUUCAGCAUGCUGACAGUGGAGGAGCACAUCUGGUUCUAUGCACGACUCAAAGGCCUCUCUGAAAAGAAAGUGAAGGAUGAGAUGGAUCAGAUCUUGUAUGACACAGGUCUGCCACACAAACGCAAGUCCAAGACCAGUGAGCUCUCUGGUGGCAUGCAGAGGAAGCUUUCAGUGGCCCUUGCAUUUGUUGGAGGGUCAAAGGUGGUCAUUCUGGAUGAGCCAACUGCUGGGGUGGACCCUUACGCUCGCAGGGGCAUCUGGGACCUCCUGCUGAAAUAUCGUGCAGGCCGAACCAUCAUCCUUUCCACUCAUCACAUGGACGAAGCAGACAUCUUGGGUGAUCGUAUUGCCAUCAUCUCUCAUGGGAAGCUAUGCUGCGUAGGCUCUUCUCUCUUCCUGAAAACUCAUCUGGGAACUGGAUACUACUUGACACUGGUUAAGAAGGAACCAGAAGCUUCUCUGAGCUCCAGCAGAAACUCCACCACUACUGUGUCUUAUAUCAAGAAGGAUGAAGAAGACUCAGAGAGCAGUUCAGAUGCUGGUUUGGGCAGCGACCAUGAAAGCGAUGCUGCCACAGCUAUUGGCACCUCGUGGACUGAUUCACCUGUUGUUCCUGCAGACAUCUCUCUAAUCUCAGGUCUGAUCCUCAAGCAUGUCCCUAACUCACGCAUGGUGGAGGAUCUGGGACAUGAGAUCACCUACAUCCUGCCUUAUGAAUCGGCUAAAGAUGGUGCCUUUGUUGAUCUCUUCCAUGAUUUGGAUGACCACCUUGCUGAUUUGGGCAUCUCAAGUUAUGGUGUUUCAGACACCACACUUGAAGAGAUUUUCCUGAAAGUGGCAGAGGACAGUGGAGUUGAUACUGAAAUGCUGUCAGACGGCACGCUGCCUAUACGCAGACGUAGACGACAUGCUUUUGGAGCCGAUCACCAGAGCUGCCUUAAACCCUUGACUGAGGAUGACAACUUUGACUGCAAUGAGUCUGAAGUUGACCCAGAUUCCAGAGAGACUGAUCACUUAAGUAGCACUGAUGGUAAAGGUUCAUACCAAGUCCAGGGCUGGAGCCUGAAGAGACAGCAGUUUGUUGCCUUGCUGUGGAAAAGGUUCCUGUACGCUCGGCGUUCCAGGAAAGGAUUCUUUGCCCAGAUUGUUCUGCCUGCUGUAUUUGUGUGCAUCGCCCUGGUAUUCAGUCUCAUUGUCCCCCCCUUUGGAAAAUACCCUAGUCUUGCCCUGCAGCCAUGGAUGUAUGAGGAUCAAGUUACCUUUAUCAGCAACGAUGCACCUGAAGAUGCCAGCACUCAAAACUUACUCUCCGCACUAACGGAAGGCCCUGGCUUUGGAACACGCUGUAUGGACGGAGAACCAAUACCAGAUGUUCCCUGUACUAUGGGUGAUGAGGAUUGGUCCAUACCAGAGAUCACAGAAAAUGUGUUGGAGGUGUUCAGGAGUGAAAACUGGACCAUGGAAAACCCGUCACCAGAUUGUGAGUGCAGCUGUGAUGGCAACAAGAAGAUGCUCCCAGAAUGCCCUGCUGGUGCUGGAGGCCUUCCACCUCCGCAGAUAAAGAUCAGUGAGAGGGACACACUUCAAAACCUGACUGGAAGAAACAUCUCAGACUACUUGGUGAAGACUUAUGCGCAAAUCAUUGGCAAAAGUUUGAAGAACAAGGUCUGGGUGAAUGAGUUCAGAUAUGGAGGUUUCUCACUGGGUGCCAGAAGCACUCAGGUUCUCCCACCUGCUCAGGAGAUUGAUGAUGCCAUUUCUCGAGUGAGGGAAAUAUUCCACCUACCGAAGAACUCAGGGACAGCAGCUGAUCGCUUUCUAAACAGUCUCUCUGCAUUCAUCAAUGGCUUAGACACCAAAAAUAAUGUGAAGGUCUGGUUCAAUAACAAGGGCUGGCACAGCAUCGGAUCCUUCCUCAGUGUGAUGAACAAUGGUAUUCUGAGGGCCAAUUUGCCUCCAGGGAAGGACCCAAGCAAAUAUGGAAUUACAGCCUACAAUCACCCUCUAAACCUUACCAAAGAGCAGAUCUCACAGGUGGCACUGGUGACAACCUCAGUGGACGUCCUGGUGUCUAUCUGCGUUAUCUUUGCUAUGUCAUUCGUCCCUGCUAGCUUUGUUGUCUUUCUCAUCCAAGAACGUGUGAGCAAGGCCAAGCAUAUGCAGUUCAUCAGCGGAGUACAGCCGUACCUCUACUGGCUGGCCAAUUUUAUCUGGGAUAUGUGCAAUUACAUCGUCCCAGCAACCCUGGUCAUAAUCAUCUUUGUGUGCUUCCAACAAAAAGCCUAUGUGUCUUCCAACAAUCUGCCAGUACUCGCCCUGUUGCUGCUUCUGUAUGGAUGGUCCAUCACACCUCUGAUGUACCCAGCUUCCUUCCUGUUCAAGAUCCCCAGCACUGCAUACGUUGUUCUGACCAGCGUCAACAUACUGAUUGGGAUCAAUGGCAGUGUGUCCACUUUUGUUCUGGAGUUGUUUGGUGGCGAUAAAAUUGGUGGCAUCAAUGACAUACUGAAGAACGUGCUCUUGAUCUUCCCUCACUUCUGUCUGGGACGAGGCCUGAUUGACAUGGUGAAGAAUCAGGCCAUGGCUGAUGCUCUGGAGAGAUUUGGAGAGAACCAUUUCCGCUCCCCUUUGGAAUGGGACAUGGUGGGUAAGAACCUGUUUGCCAUGGCAGUGGAAGGAGUGGUCUUCUUCAUUAUCACUGUUCUCAUCCAGUACCGCUUCUUUAUCAAACCCAGAGCUCUUCGCCCUAAGUUGAGUCCAAUUGGAGAGGAAGAUGAGGAUGUGGCCAGGGAACGGCAGAGGAUUAUCAGUGGAGCAGGACAAGGAGACAUCCUUGAGCUCCGAGAGCUCACAAAGGUGUAUGAGAGGAAAAAGAAGCCUGCUGUGGAUAGGCUUUGUGUGGGAAUUCCUCCAGGAGAGUGCUUUGGUCUGCUUGGAGUGAAUGGAGCUGGGAAGACAAGUACCUUUAAAAUGCUGACAGGAGAUUCUGCAGUCACCAGCGGAGAGGCAUUCCUAGCUAGGAAGAGUAUACUCAGGGAAAUAGAUGAGGUACAUCAGAACAUGGGCUAUUGCCCUCAGUUUGAUGCCAUCAACGACCUGCUGACAGGCAGAGAGCACCUGGAGUUCUAUGCCAUCCUGCGUGGUGUUCCUGAAGGGGAAGUGUGUGAGGUGGCUGAGUGGGGCAUCCGCAAGCUGGGCCUCAUAAAAUAUGGCGACAAAGCAGCUGGAAGCUACAGCGGGGGCAACAUGCGCAAGCUCUCUACAGCCAUGGCCCUCAUCGGAGGCCCACCAGUGGUCUUUCUGGACGAACCCACCACUGGGAUGGACCCCAAGGCCCGCAGAGCUCUGUGGAACUGCAUCCACAGCAUCAUCAAGGCAGGGCGCUCCGUCGUGCUGACUUCACACAGCAUGGAAGAGUGUGAGGCCCUGUGCACCAGGAUGGCCAUCAUGGUAAACGGCAGAUUCCGAUGUCUAGGAAGUGUCCAGCAUCUGAAAAACAGGUUUGGUGAUGGAUACACCAUUAUCCUGAGGGUGGCAGGACCCGAACCAGACCUGCAGCCCGUGAUGAAGUUUAUUGAGAUCGAGCUGCCUGGCAGUAUACUGAAGGAGAAACACAGAAACAUGCUGCAGUACCAGCUGCCCUCAUCCCUGUCCUCCCUCGCUCACAUCUUCAGCAUUCUUGCCAAACACAAAGAUUUCCUCCAGAUAGAGGAUUACUCCGUUUCCCAGACCACACUGGACCAGGUGUUUGUUAACUUUGCCAAGGACCAAAGUGACGAUCACUGUGACCACUCCAUACGACGUAAAGAGGCAAUUGUAAACAUUCCUCUGCUCAGCCUGCCAGCAACUUUAAAGGAUGAGGAGAACCACAAGGAGAGCUUCGUAUGAGCCAAAGACUCUCUUACACUAGGAGUUACCUGGAGCCAGUGAAAUUCAUGUAUUUCACCUUGUCAUUCUUGUCUUUGUGCUGCAGUCUGCUAAACGAUUUGCUCAGCAGGCCGUGUAAGGCCUGCUGGAAUACACUGGUGCAGACGCAAUAGCUGAGAAACUCGAUGCAAGUCAAUGCAAAAAGAAAACAAGUUCAGUCUGGAUGUACUGUAGCUCAGAGAGGUCUGAAUCACUAUGCUAAAUUCCAGAUGAGUGGGAGAGUGAAACUUGAAUAUUUCAAUCAAUUUGUUUUUGUACGAACAGGACCAAAAAGCCUGUCUUUGUGCCACUGUUUUUCAGAAGUUAGAACUCACAAUCUGUGAGUUGACAAAUCUUUCAAGCACAAUGUGUAAUAGUGUAUUACAAAUGAUAGAAAAAUAAAUUCAGGGUCUGUUUCUUAUUUGUACUAGAAAUGACAUGAUGAAGAAUCAUUUGCGCUGCCAACAACUUAAACUGCUGGUAAUUUGAUUUUGUAUUAAUAUGUGCCUUUAUUUAUGAACAAACAAUAAUUUUGCCAUUUUUUUAAAGUCCAAUGUGGCAUUAUUUCUUUUAAUAUUCUUGCAAACAGUGCUUAACUUCGGCUUUCAAUGCUGUGAUCUGAGAGAGCUUAAGUGUUUAACAUUAAGUGAGAAAAGUACUGUAAAGUGCGGCUUUUGUGUUUUUAAUUAAAGAAGAGCGAUUUGUUUAAGAGAGGCAGUUUCACAGUCACAGAUUAUAAUGUAUACCUCAGCAAAAACAAGAGCUCAGCAGACUGAAAGACAUUUCAGUGAAUGACUGGAAAGAAGGCCUUCCUACAUAAACAAUAACACUGGGGUUUGAACAGACGUAUGGCCUUUAAAGCCACACUUAAUCAUGGAUUAGGCAUCCAAUCUUUCUGGAAUACCCAACAGACAUCAGUGUUAUGGAUCGAGUAUAAACAUACACUACCCAGUGAUCCAUCAGUAUUGUGGAAGAGAGCUUCUUAUUGGUCUAAGAGAAAGGAUGGCUAUAGUGUCUGUCCUUUCAGUCCUAGCACUUUACUGGCUGUGUUCAUUUGAAAUUUAUUGAUCUUUUUGCACUGGAUUUUCCACAGAAAAAAAGCAUCCCACGUUUUUGUUUUGUUUUACCUCCACGUUUUUCUAGAUGAACUGAAAAUCAUUUCAGCAUUGCAACAUUCCUUAUUUAAUACCUGUUUACAUUUCAGAUUUAUUGAAAAAUGACUGUGGAACAUCUGUUACUCUGUACAAUACACAAUAAAAUAAAUCUACAACAUAAAAA